GUCAAACGUCCUUGCCGCGCUCCAGUUCAUCCGCGACACGACGCGCGCGCAGUCCGUAGUUUCAUACGUGUGUUCGUCGCGCUUGUGUUUUCCGUCGUUUUUUUUCCGAUUUUUUUUCACAAUAACAAUAAAAUCUCGUCGAACGUUUUUAAAUUUUUUUUUUCUUUUUUUAUCGUCGGAAAACUGUUUUUGUUUUUUGCGCCGUGGUUUACACUGUUGUUACGACGAUUCAUAACAUCAUUAUCGUAUGUUUGUGCGUCGAUGUUGAAACGGGAAAAUCGUUUUAACGACGUUUAAUCUGAUCGUAAUAAGAUAAUUAGUAUCAUGAUUUGCUCGAAUUCUGUUGUUUCUGGUGUUUCUUUUUGUGUGCAGUGAUUACUUAACACGUCCACCUCGUCUAAAGAAGAUAACGCGCGUUUUUUGUUUUUAAAAUAAUAUAAUAUAAACAGUUUGUAUUUUUUUUUAAUAAAAGUUCUUGUUCUUGUUUUUAUUGAGUGUACCGAGGACUAUCAUGCCGGUGAUAACAUGAUGCGGGAUUUGGACGCAUCCAGCCCAGUCGUUUGGCCUCCAUGGUGUUAUUCAGUGGACAUCAAAAGAGACAUCGACUUGUUUGGUUUGUCGAAGAGCCGACGUUCGGGGGUCGGUAUGCAGAUCGAGCACCCAGUGAAUAACAACAACACGACCAGCGCCAAUAACAACAGAGUGGCGACCGCGGCCGACGUGAAAACGGAACGCCUGAGCCCCGUGGUUGCGGCGGGCGGUGACUCGGCAUCGUCGCGUAGCGGCACGCCGUCUUCGUCGUGCUACCCCGGCACGCCGCCCGGCAUUUCGGCCGCGGCGGACCGCGUGUCUAGUCCCGCGCCCAACCGAAACUGCAGCGACCUCAUACGAAGUCUGGCCGCCAAGUAUCAGAAUGCCAAUCCCAGCGAGUACAUGCCUUCGCGGAACGGUCUGAACCUGGGCAUACUGUCUGCUGCUACUGCCGCUGCAGCAGCGGCAGCUGCCGCAGCUGCGACAACCAAAGACAACAGCUGCGACGGAAGUCUGCUGAACCCGGGAUUCCCGUUCGCGACUCCCACCAUACCUGGGACCAACGUGCCCAUGUUCCCGCCCAUGAUGGACAUGUCGUCCACGCAGGCGCUACUGUCCAUGGUCCGGUCUUCACAAUUCGACGCGUUUAUGAGCGGCAAGACCGGCGGCGGCACCAAGCGGCCCUGCUCUACCUCGUCGUCGUCGUCCAAUCCUCUGCACCCACACAACAUCGGCUCGGCGUCCGCGGCUUCUUCGUCCGAACAGAACCCGCUUGACCUUUCGUCGUCAUCGAGCCCGUGCAAAAAAUCACGCAAAGGUCAUCCGCCUGCGACCGGCCACUGGGAGAGCGCUGCGGCGGCUGCUGGAUCGUUUGCCGAAACGUUCCUCAAUAUUCCGGCGUUUGGUCUGGCGUUGCAAAAGUCUCGGGAAAAAGUCGCGCUGACUUGCAAUGGCGGUGGCGGCAACAACAAGCGACUAGGCAGCGUGUCGCCGAAACCGUCAAAAGCGUCGUCGAAACAGUCGCCGUGUCAUCAGGCCGCCCCCAGCCGGGCGUUACCUUGUGCUUCGACCUGUUCCGCUCCACCGGCCACCUCCAUCGCCAACGCCGAUAAACACAUCUGCCCCAAUGUGGCCGACAAGUCGACUGUGUCUUCAUGGACGGUAGAUGAUGUGUGUGAUUUCGUUGGCACCAUCGACUUGUGCGCUGAGUAUUCACAGUGUUUCCGGGAGCAGUCGAUCGACGGGACAGCGUUGCCGCUGCUCAGCGAGGACCACCUGACCGGAACCAUGAACAUGAAACUGGGACCGGCGCUCAAGUUCCGGGCCGUGCUGGCUCAGAAGUUGGGAAACUGCGCGGUGUGCAUGCACUGCGCCCACUGUCACGGCGCCCAGACAUACGGUGCCGGGCGGCACAGCCCCGUCCCCGGCAGCAACAACAACAGCAACAACAACAACAACAGUUCGUCGUCCGCUCAGUGCUGAACAGCAGCGCCGUUUUCGCGUCGACGAAGUGGCAAAGUCCGUCCACUUUACGCGCACGGGGCGUUCGACGUGUUCGAAAACGGACAUACUGACGUCCUGUGUGAGCGGUAGCGUAUUACCGUCAAUCGUUUUAACUAUUUCGUUUGUAUGAUAUACAUUCGCCAACAGUGUCCCCUCUGCUAAUCGCGACGUUCGCUUUUCAAAACAAAAUAUCGAUAUAGUCCAUUUGAAAAAUCAUAAUAUUGUGUGUUACAAGACACCGUUUUUGUGAUAAAAAUCAUCGUGUUCGUGUCCAUCGCGUCGAGUCGAUUAUGGAAAAAAAAAAAAAA